CCCGUCCCCAACCGCUGCUGCCAUGUCCCUCCGCGCCCCCCUCGCCCGCAGCCUGCGCUCGCGUGCGCUGCACACCAGCGCCGUGCGCGCCGCUGGCGCCCGCCCGCCGCCCGGCGCGCUCAACCGCCUCAGCCGCACCAUCACCGCGCCCAAGGACCAGGGCGCGAGCCAGGCCAUGCUCUAUGCCACGCCCGGCAUCGAGAAUGACGAGGACCUGACGCGCGCCAUGGUCGGCGUCGCCAGCGUGUGGUACGAGGGCAACCCGUGCAACGCGCACCUGCUCGGCCUGGGCCAGAAGAUCAAGAAGUCGCUCCACGACGCUGGCCUCACGGGUUACCAGUACGGCGUCGUGGGCGUGAGCGACGGCAUCAGCAUGGGCACCGACGCCAUGAGCUACUCGCUGCCGAGCCGCGACCUCAUUGCCGACAGCGUCGAGAGCGCGUCGGGCGGCCACUGGCUCGACGGCUGCGUCGUGGUGCCGGGCUGCGACAAGAACAUGCCCGGCGUGCUCAUGGCGCUCGGCCGCCUUAACCGUCCGGGUCUAAUGGUGUACGGCGGCACCAUCAAGCCGGGAGGCUGCGGCGCUGCGGCAGGCACGCUGGACAUUGUCAGCGCGUUCCAGAGCUACGGCCAGUACCUGUCCGAGGGCGGCACCCCGGAGGCUGAGCGCAAGCGCUACGACACGGUGCGCAACUCGUGCCCCGGUCCGGGCGCGUGCGGUGGCAUGUACACGGCCAACACGAUGGCGUCGUGCUCCGAGGCGCUCGGCAUGACGCUGCCCGGCAGCAGCUCCUUCCCGGCCGAGUACCCGGAGAAGCAGGCCGAGUGCGAGUCGGUGGGCGCGGCGAUGCGCAACCUGCUUGAGAAGAACAUCCGCCCGCGCGACAUCAUGACGCGCGAGGCCUUCGAGGAUGCCAUGGUCCUCACGAUGGUGCUCGGCGGCAGCACCAACGCCGUGCUGCACCUCAUCGCCAUGGCGCACGCCGUCGGCGUGGAGGUCACGAUUGACGACUUCCAGCGCAUCAGCGACUCGACGCCGUUCCUGGCUGACCUGAAGCCGAGCGGCAAGUACGUGAUGGAGGAUGUGUACAAGGUGCUGGGCGGCAUCCCGACGAUCAUCCAGUACCUCAUUGAGAACAAGCUGAUCAAGGGCGAGCACAUGACCGUCACCGGCCGCACGCUGGCUGAGAACGCGGACCGCUGGACGCACGAGCGCGGCAAGCUCUCGCCGAACCAGGACGUGCUGCGCCCGCUGAACAAGCCGCUCAAGGCGACUGGCCACAUCCGCAUCCUGAAGGGCAACCUGGCUCCUGGCGGCGCCGUCGCCAAGAUUACGGGCAAGGAGGGCCUGCGCUUCACGGGCAAGGCGCGCUGCUUCGACACGGAGGACGAGAUGGUGGCUGCCGUCGAGCAAGGGACGAUCAAGAAGGGCGAGAAGACGGUCGUCGUGCUGCGGUACAAGGGCCCCAAGGGCGGCCCGGGCAUGCCCGAGAUGCUCAAGCCGACCAGCCUCAUCAUGGGUGCCGGCCUGGGUCUCGAUGUGGCGUGCCUCACGGACGGCCGCUUCAGCGGCGGCUCGCACGGCUUCGUGAUUGGUCACGUCGUGCCCGAGGCACAGGUGGGCGGCCCGAUUGCGCUGGUGCGCGACGGCGACACGAUCUCCAUCGACGCCGAGGCCAACACGCUCGAGCUCGUCGACGUGUCGGAGAGCGAGCUGCAGACGCGGCGCGAGGCAUGGCAGCCGCGCGAGCUGCGCCCCAAGCAGGGCCACCUGCUCAAGUAUGUGCGCAACGUCAGCGACGCCUCGUCGGGCUGCGUCACGGACCUCUAGAGCUGGCAUUGCAAUGCCAUAAUUAUCGGAUGCCUGUCG